AUGGCGAUUGCUGCCAUCGGCCAGAUCUGUUCCACGGCCUCCGUGGCCCACAACCUCGAGCAGUGCGUCAGCCUUGUCGGGCGAGCUGCCGCCGCCGGGGCCAAAGUGCUCUUUUUGCCCGAGGCAUCUGACUACAUUGCCACAUCGCCGGAGCAAGCCCUGGCUCUCGCGCAGCCGGUGGACGAGUCGCCCUUUGUGCGCGGCCUGCAGUCGGCUGCCGCCCAGCACGGUGUGGCCGUGCAUGUGGGCAUCCACGUGCCAGUGGCCGUGACUGCCUCCGCAGCCGGAUCAAAUGCGGUGAUGCCGACUGUUGUACGAACCGGCGAAGUGUCUUUGACGACAGCAGCAGCAGGCGCUGGCAGAAAGCUGCUCAACCGCACCAUCUACAUUGACCCGGCCGGCCGCGUCGCGCCCUAUGGCAACUACGACAAGCUGCACCUUUUCGACUAUGCGGCUGCAGGUCUGCGCGAAAGCGCCCAGACACAGGCCGGCACUGCCUUGCUCCCGCCGUACACGACACCCCUCGGCCGCCUGGGCAGCCUGACGUGCUUUGACCUGCGGUUCCCGGAGCCGGCCAUUGCUCUCGCACACUACGCCCAACCCGCACCGGCGCACAUUAUCACGUACCCAUCGGCGUUUACGGUGCCGACGGGCCGUGCGCAUUGGGAGGUGCUGCUGCGAGCGCGGGCCAUUGAGAGCCAGUGCUACGUCAUUGCGGCGGCGCAGGUCGGGCGGCACAAUGCCAAGCGCGUGAGCUACGGGCGCAGCCUGGCCGUGGACCCGUGGGGCAAAGUGCUGUGCCGGCUGGGCGGCGUGGUGGGUGGCGACGAUGAGAACGCGACGGGUCCGGAUGUGGGCAAUGCUGACGAGGGUGCAGAGGGCCAGCUGGGGCUGGUGGACAUCGACCUGUCCGUGUGGGAGAGCGUGCGGGAGCGGCUGCCACUGGUCAGACGAACGGACGUCUACCCGGCGCUGGACUCAGUCAAGGAUGGCGAAACAGAAGGGAGAGAGGCGGAGCAUUGA